CAUUCCGAAAUUAUUCAGCACAGAGACGCAGGCCACAGUGAGACUUCCAGCAGCAUGUCAGCGUACUCCGCACCGAUGGCCGAGCAGGAGGUGGACGAGAGCCUCGUGCAGGGUUCCGCGGCGGUGAACCGCAAGGUGUACAUCAUGCGACAUGGGGAGCGAGUGGACUUUACUUUUGGCACGUGGCUGCCCUAUUGCUUCGAUGAGUUUGGCAACUACAUGCGGCAGGACCUCAAUAUGCCCAAGCGGCUGCCGCGUCGCAGGUACAGCCCCAGGGGCUGGCAGAACGAUUCGCCGCUGACCAAUGUGGGUGUCUUUCAGGCCAACCUCAUCGGCCAGGCGCUGCUGGAGGCAAAGGUGCAGGUCGAUCACGUCUACUGCUCGCCCGCCUAUCGCUGCAUUCAGACGUGCGCCAGUGCCCUGGAGGGCCUGCAGCAGGGCGGACAGCACAAGAUCAAGCUGGAGCCGGGAUUCUUCGAGUGGAUGGGCUGGUACCCCAGCGGUGUGCCCGACUGGCUGACCAAAAAUGAGCUGGUUGAGGCCAGCUACAACAUCGACUUGAACUAUCAGCCCGUUCAGGCUUCGGGGCAGCUGAGCACCCGCCUGAAGGAGUCCACAGAGCAGUUCUAUACGCGCAACCAUGACGUCCUGCUGCAGCUGCUGGAGCGCACAACUGGCAACAGCCUGGUGGUGGCCCAUGCAACGACACUGGACACCUGCACCCGCCAGUUGACUGGCGGCUCUCCGCGGAGCAGCCACGAGCUGUUUCAGGUUAUGCACAAGAUCCCCUACUGCAGUCUGGCCACCGUGGAGCAGGUGAAUGGCGUCUGGAAGCUGGUCGACCCCGAGUGCCUGCCUGUGACUCACUCCAAGAAUCGCCGCUUCAAGUGGAAUGCCCUGGCGACCAUCUGAUGGCUGCCCGACUGCCCGACUGAUUGAGGUAACAGAUCUUUCCACACAAUAAUCCAUAUUAAAUUUUGAGUAAUUAUGCUGCCACCUGA